AUUAGUUUCCAUUCCUGGAAAACGAAAGUGAAGAGCUGAGAGAGAACACACAAAUGCCCCGCCCCUGAUCGCCUCAGUGUGAACACUCAAACUGCGUGCUCAACAUCAUCACAUCAGUUACUGCAAAGCAGUCAAGAACACAGCUGAAUGAUGAGUGCUGCUCAGAGUCAAACAACACUGGAAUCCAAACUGGAGGCCCUGGAGUGCCACUUCACCUGGGAUCUGGACCCCAGCAGGUCCAAGCUUCUUCGCCUCAGGGACAAGCUGGAGGACAUUGGCACUGAGGAGGGAAACAGUUGGCUGGGUCACAUUUACAACCUGCGGGGGUUUGUUCAGUAUAAGCUUGGACUCACCAAAGACGCCCAAAGUCUCUUCAACAAGGCUGCAGAGGCCUUCCGCCAGAUGAGAAACACAGAUAACGGUCCCUGGUUGGUGGUGAACUCCGGGAACCUGGCUUGGCUGCACCAUCACCUGGGGGACCAAGAAAAGAGUCAAGCUUACCUGUCAAAGGUCGACGCCCUGAUGAAUGAAUACCCAUCUCCAUCCCUGGAAGAACUCCAUGCAGAGGUCUGUGCUGAAAAAGCCUGGACCCUGAUGAAGUUCCAGACAAAACAGCUGCUGGCUGCAGAUUACUUUGAGAGAGCCAUCAGGAUGCAGCCGGACAUGGUGGAGUGGAAAACCAGCCAUGUCUUGGGGUUAGUGAGUGCUUUCAAGCACAGUGAAACAGGGCUGCCAGCUGACCUCUUGGAGAAAAUGAGAAGUGCCAAGGAACAAGAUCCAGAGAACUUGUACCUUGCUGCUCACUACCUUGAGCAACGUGCGAAAAAAGGAGAAAGAAUUGAAGAUGAAGCACGUGAGUUAGCUGAGCAGAUUCUGAGAAAUCCUGUCAGCAGCUACAGUGGUCUAAAAGGGUUACUGAGGGUUUACAGAAAUCAUGUAUCUAUUGAUGAGGCCAUUAAUUUGGCAGAGGAGGCUCUGGAAAACCAUCCAGGUGAGCGUUACCUCAAGAGAUGUGUUGCACUCUGCUACAAAUGGAAGAUCAUCUUUUUUAGAGAAAGUCGCCCAAAGCAAAGCAUGAUAGACAGAGCAAAGUCCCUUAAGGAGGUGAUUUCUCUUUACCCUCAUUCUUCACUUGUGAAGAAAAUAGACCUCGCAAAUAUUUAUGCAAAGUCAAACAGCCAGGCUCAAGCUGAGCAGAUAUACCAUGAACUGCUAGAAAGUGAUCUGGAACCUGCAGACAAACAGAUGAUUUACAACAACUAUGCAAAAUAUUUAAACUUUGAUCGACAGGAUCGCAACAGGUCUAUAAAAUAUCACAUGAAGGCAGCAGAAAUACAGCAACAAUCCUUCUUUCGUGCAAAUAGCAUCAAAGUUCUGGAGAAGAUUAAAGACAGAGGCAGAAACAGAAUGUGUAAAGAAAUAGGGGAGUUUCUGGCAAACCUGCAAGAGCCAUAAAGCACUGACCAGAAAAAAAUAAUAUUGCACAAAAAAAUAUCUGUCCAUAGGCCUGCUCAUGAAUUUGUUUACAAAUUUGGAAAAACUACAAGACAAAUUUGUAGAAACUGGACAAAAAGUACUUCUUAAAAUAAAGUCAAAAUUGA